AUGGGGCAGAGCAUGGUCUCUGCUAGCAAUAUCCCUGUUGAAGCCCAGCUCUUAGCAUCUGAUCCACUCUAUGGAACAGGAAUCCAGGCACCAACAGAACGUGCUGUUACUGAGAUUAAAUCCGUGAUUGCGUCUAUCAUCCACAAGUUGUUGGUUGUCUCACUUUUGCUUUCUGUUAGAGCCAGAAAACUGCAUCUCACUUUGCUUACUUGUUUUCCAGGUCGUGCACUGCUGGUCCUCCUGUUGUCUGCAACAGUCUCUCUUCUGGGCGGGCUGAUAUUUGGAUACGAGUUGGGGAUCAUCUCUGGAGCACUGCUGCAGCUGCAGGCAGACUUCAGCCUUGGCUGCUUCAAGCAGGAGGCUCUUGUGAGCUCCCUCCUGGUUGGAGCCCUCCUUGCCUCUCUGGUCGGAGGAAUCCUCAUUGACCGCCAUGGACGGAGGAGGGCGAUUCUGGUCAGCAAUGUGGUCCUGUUAUUUGGCAGCCUUAUUCUCACACUGACCAGGUUGUUUAUUGGGCUGCUCAUUGGGCGCAUGACAGUGGGCUUUGCCAUCUCUGUCUCAUCCAUGGCCUGCUGCAUCUAUGUCUCGGAAAUGGUGGCUGCACAUCAGCGAGGGCUGCUGGUGUCCCUGUAUGAAGCGGGCAUCACUGUAGGCAUCUUGUUGUCCUACGCACUGAAUUACGCCUUUGCAGAUACGCAGGAGGGAUGGAGGUACAUGUUUGGGCUGGCCAUGGCCCCAGCAGCCAUGCAGUUCCUCAGCAUCCUCUUUCUCCCAGUGAACCCUGUUAAACUAAACAUGUGGGACUCAGACUGCCAGAAAGGUCUCAUUCAAUUGCAAACUGCUGAGGACAGAGAGGCAGCAAAGCGGGAGCCCUAUAAGGAGAAGCACUACUCAUUUCUUGAUCUUUUCAGGACCAGAGACAACAUGAGGAGACGAACCCUGGUGGGGCUGGGCCUGGUGCUCUUCCAGCAGUUCACUGGGCAGCCCAAUGUGCUGGGCUAUGCCUCCAAAAUCUUCCACUCGGUGGGAUUCCAGAGCAACUCUUCUGCCAUCCUGGCCUCUGUCGGGCUGGGGGCAAUCAAGGUGGUGGCCACAUUGGUGGCGAUGGCCUUUGCAGACAAAGCUGGCCGCAGAGCACUGCUCCUGGCUGGCGGUGUGGUGAUGGCCAUCUCCGUCACCACCAUCGGCCUCACCAGCUGCAUCGCCCCACUGGCCAUGGCCAGGGACUGCACAGCUGCUGCAGACCCCAACGUGUCCCACAGCCUCUCCCAGCACCCCCUGGUGCCCCCGUCCUCCCACAUCCCACCAGGCUUAGGAGAAGGCAACGGGCAGGCAGGCCUCGGUUCUGCUGCCACCAAAAGCCUUACUAAAGCUCUUGCCAGUGCUCAGAGCAGUGAGGUUGUUACUCGUUCUUCCCACACUCAGAAAAUGGGCUUGGCAGGGCAGUCUGAAAAGGAGACAGUGGAGAGCACAGACCCUCCUUUCGGCAGUGCUCCCCUGACAGAACAUAUGGUUUUAAAUUGGAUUACACUGCUGAGCAUGAUGGCUUUUGUGAGCGCAUUCUCAAUUGGAUUUGGACCAAUGACCUGGCUGGUCCUCAGUGAGAUCUACCCAGCUAGAAUACGGGGAAGAGCCUUUGCCUUCUGCAACAGCUUUAACUGGGCAGCCAAUUUACUGAUCAGCCUCUCUUUCCUGGACCUUAUUGAUGCCAUUGGUUUCUCGUGGAUGUUUCUUCUCUAUGGGCUGAUGGGAGUGAUGGCUGUUAUAUUCAUUUAUUUUUUUGUUCCGGAAACAAAAGGACAGUCCUUGGAGGAGAUAGACCAGCAGUUCUCCAGGAAAUGGCUGCGGGAAGGAAGCAGCUGCAAGCAGAGGCGUGCGAGAGGAGCGAGCUGUGCACAUGGGCAGUACCAGAGAGUGGAGCGUGCCAACAGUGCCUGACAGUGGGACUGCAGUGUCAUCCUGCAGAGGGGAACUGACCUGGGGACAUUGCUCCUUGCAGAGAUGGCUCUCCCUGCAGUGCCUUAGAUCUUGGGACACGCUCACGGCUGUUCCUUGUAUCCUUGGAGAGUCGCUGAUCCCAUGCAGGGAGCAUGUCCUUCCUCUGGCAUCUUUUAUUGUUCACGGUUUGUGUCUGCUAUCAUUUAAGAGAGGAAUGGUUUUGUAAGCAGGAAUAAAACACAACUUUUGCUGACACCA